AUUAUAGGUGUGUGCUGCAUUUCGCGCAGUAGAGUUGUGUCAUUGAAUUGUUGGGAUUUCAAGCCUUCUAUAACCAUGUCUGGUCUAGUUAAAGCUAAGAAGUACGAUUGGAAGGACAGCAACUUGGCUUUGUUUGGCUCCGAUACAGAGAAAAAUGUGAAGAAAGAAGCAGCUGCUGGGGAGAAGGCUUGGGAAGGCGCUGGAGAGAAACCUGGCUUGGAAAUUUGGCGUAUCGUCAAGUUCAAGGUGACUGACUGGCAAAAAGAGGAUCAUGGCAAAUUUUUUGAUGGAGAUAGCUACAUUAUUCUCAACACCUACAAGGACAAAGAAAGUGAUGAGCUUUUGUAUGAUGUACACUUUUGGAUUGGCAAGCACUCCACCCAAGAUGAAUAUGGAACAGCUGCAUAUAAGACAGUUGAACUUGACACUUUACUCAAUGACAAGCCAAUUCAGCAUCGUGAAGUCCAGAAUCAUGAGUCAGAGUUGUUUAAAAGCUACUUUAAAGAGUUACAAACCUUAGAUGGGGGGGCUGAUUCUGGCUUUAGACGUGUUGGACCAAAAGAGUACAAGCCUCGCUUGUUGAAGGUUAAUGAUGAGGGCAGGAACAAGGUCAGAAUAACUGAGGUGACAUAUUGUAAGGAAAGCAUUACUCCAGACAAUGUCUACAUCAUUGACAAUGGUUUGGAAAUUGUUCAGAUAAAUGGUACAAACUGUGACAAGGAUGAGAAAUUUGCAGCUGUUCAGCAUAUUCAGAAAUUGAAGAGUGAACGAGGAGGAAAUGUAAAAACGGAGACUAAGGAAGGUGGCUAUGGAGGGCUUCCCUCUGGUGUUCCAGACACUGAGGAACCAGGAGAUGAGGAUUUUGAACCCACCAUCAAGAAAAUAAGUGAUGCUAGUGGUCAUCUACAAAUUACUGAUACCUCUGGGUUCAGCAAGUCAGUGCUGGACAGCAAAGAUGUGUUUGUUGUUGACAAUGGCAAAGAGUGCUUUGUUUGGGUGGGAAAUGGGGCCAGUGUUGACGAGCGGCGUAAAGGAAUGGAAUAUGCACAUAACUACUUGAUGAAGACCAAUCACCCCCUCGUUCCAGUAUCUGUUGUGAAGGAGGGCCAAAAAUGUCCAAAAUUUGAUGCUUUGUUCUGAAGUGACAAGCAUACUUUCAAGGACUGAAUGGCAGCCGGACGAUCGUAGAUUAUGUUCCUGGACUGCCUCCAUUCCAAUUAGAUUGUAAACGCCAGGGUUUUCGUAAGUUUCAUAGCUGUUGGGUGAUUUUUUUAUCAAACCUUUAUUUGGCUAAAAUGACUGAAACUGUAGUUAGGAAAGCUUCACUGUAUUUCAAAAGUGUAGCUGUGAGCAAGUGAAGCCUUAGUAAAGCUUAAGCUGGUUGGCCUUUCAGUGAUUCAUUUCUGUCAAAUACUUCGCGUAAAGUAGUCUUACACACUGGGGGAAAAAAAGAACGUAAUAAAAUUACAGUGUUAACUGAA